AUGGAUCAAGUAGUUCUUACUGGUAUUAGCAAUGAUCAUCCAGCAUGUCAACAGACAAGUGAAGGCAUAGAUAAGAGAGAUUGGAUCGCUACACUACCGAUCAAGCUUCUCCAUCGUAUUUUGGAACAACUUGAUGCACAAACGAUUCUUUUUUCGCUGCGCAAGAAUAGAAAUCUCAUUCGUUUAUCAUCAAACUCAGUGGCUGGUGCCAAUGAUACAAUUCCAAUAUUAAUAUUUCUUAUUAUCAAAACUAAUCCGCCAAGUUUAUUGCCGAAUUUACAGUACGUUCAAGAUUUACAUUCUUGUUGUUUAACUAAUGAAGAAUCUUAUAACUGGACCAUGUUCGUAUCAGCUGUCCGAUUUGUUUGUGAACUCAUUAAUUGA